AUGUCAUCCUCCUGUGUUGAUCAAACUAAACAUUUUCUUGUUACUAUUAUAAAAACAGCAUUUUCUUAUUUGAUUGCGCUUCUCUUUGUACAGUUACCAUUAUUGAGCGCUUCAAUAAUAACUAUUGGUAAAGUUCCUGAUAAAUAUAAACAGCAAAAGCGUUUACGGGCAAAACGGGUUGAUCCCAAUGAUCCAUCAUCCCCAUAUCGUGCAGAAGAAGUACAACAGGAACUGCAACCCAUUCUAGAGGAACAAGUACAAACUCUGGCGGAUAUUCCCGAUUUGACAGUGCAACGUUUUGCGGAUAGGGAAACAUUGGGUGUACGAGAGAUUUUAGAUGUACAAGAUGAAAAACAAUCAAAUGGAAAAGUUUUUAAAAAAUUUAUCCUCGGUGAAUAUAAAUUUUCCACUUACCGUGAAUUACAUGAACGUAUUAUAAACAUUGGUAAAGGUCUACUAUCAUUAGGUGCAAAAUCAGGUGAUAAAAUUCUCUUAUUGGCUGAAACUCGACCAGAAUGGUUAUUGACGGCAUUCGCUGCCUUUCGUCAUGAUAUUACUGUUGUUACGUUGUUAUCAACAUCGAGUAAUGAAGCCAUGGAACAUGGAAUCAAUGAAUCUGAAGUGAAAAUUAUUGUUACAUCACAAGAAUUGUUGUCAAAAUUAGAAAAAACAUUAGAAAAAACACCAAAAGUUGCCCAUGUAAUUUAUUUCCCAGGUCCAAAACGACAAACGCUACAACAACCAACAAAUAAAAAUAAUAUUGAAUUUCAUCAUUUGCAACAAUUUGAAGAAAAAGGAAAAUCAGCAAAUAUUGAUGAAGAUAUAUUGAAGAAACGACCGAAAAAAGAUAAUAUUGCCGUGAUUAUGUAUACAAGUGGAAGUACUGGUCAACCGAAAGGCAAGAGCGUGUUGAUUACACAUGAAAAUGUCAUUGCAGCAAUGACUGGACAAAAAGAGCGUGUUUUUCCAAUGAUCAAUGUAGAGAGGGAUGUUUACAUUGCAUAUUUACCAUUGGGACAUAUUUUAGAAUUAUGUUGUGAAUUGCUCAUGUAUUAUAGUGGUUUAAAAUGUGGUUAUUCAUCUCCACAAACAUUAACAGAUCAAUCGACUGCAAUUAAACGAGGACAAAAAGGUGAUUUACAAGUGUUAAAACCAGAUUUGAUGUCAUGUGUACCGGUAAUAAAACGACUGGAAAAAGGUUUGGAAUCACCAGCUUUAGAUCGACUGAUAUUUCAUCAUUUGAAUCAAAUGGUAUUGGGUGGAAGAAUGAAAGCUAUGCUUUGUGGUGGAGCGGUAUUGAGUGAAGGCACACAGCGUUUUGCACAAGGAGCUUUAUGUGUCACAGUACUUCAAGGUUACGGGUUAACGGAAACUUGUGCAGCAGGAACAAUAGCUGAUCAAUAUGAUACCUCCGUUGACCGAGCCGGUCAUCCACUGGUUUCUUGCGAAUUACGAUUGAUAAAUUGGGAGGAAGGACAGUAUCGCAACACGGAUAAGCCAAAUCCACGUGGUGAAAUUUUAAUCGGUGGGAAAAUCGUCGCCCAAGGUUAUUUGGGUGAAGCAUCGAAAGAAAAUGUUAAUUUUAAAGAAAUCGAUGGUGUAAGGUAUUUUGCAACUGGAGAUAUUGGUGAAAUAUUUCCGAAUGGAACAGUCAGAAUUGCGGAUCGUAAAAAAGAUUUAAUUAAAUUACGUGGUGGUGAAUAUGUUUCAUUAGCAAAAGUUGAAAAUGUUAUUGCUAAAAUUCCAAUUGUUGAAAAUUCUUGUUUAUGUGCAUCACCAUCAGCGGAAUACACAGUUUUACUGAUUACACCAAAUAAAAAAAAUAUGGCGUCUUAUACAGAAAAAAAUUUUGAUACCAAAGAAUGGGAAAAAUUAGUUGAUGACCAAGAAUUUUGUGAUCACGUAUCGAAAGAUGUACAAGAUGCAUGUAAAAAAGCUGGAAUCGAAGAUUCUGAAACACCAAAACGUGUGAAAGUUGUUGCAGAUCCAUGGACACCUGAAAGUGGUUUAGUAACAGAUGCAUUAAAAUUGAAGCGUAAAGCCAUUGAGGCAAAAUAUAAAAAUGAAAUUGAAAAUAUGUACAAAGAUCAACCAUCGACUAAACAAGAAUCAAAGAAGAAAAGCAAUAGCGCUGGAACUAAAGACGAUGGAAAUGCCGAAAAACAGGAAAAACAAUCAAAUGAAACAAAGGAGGAUAAACAAUCCGCUGAAACAAAAGUGGAUGAACAACAAAGAAAGGAUAAGGAAAAUGAAGGACAAGAAAAAGAAACAAAAGAAAAUCCUACUGAUGUAUCUGAAGAUGUUAUAGCUAACGAUGACAAAUAG